AUGCUAUCCUGGGUUUAUCCGCUGCGAGUCAUUCAAGCCAUCCUAUCACUAGCGACAAUCGGCCUCAGCGCAUACGUCAUCGCCUCCCUCUACGAUGAAUGGUCCUUCUCAAAUGUCGUCUACUACAUGCUCUUCAACGGCUGCUGGACAACAGCAAUCGCAGUCCCAUACCUAGGUCUCGCACCACUCGCCUUUCCCCGUCUCUCACAUGAGAUUGUCAUUCCACUCGUUGAAGUCCUCACUGGUGGUCUUUGGCUCAGUGGCUGGAUCGCGUUGGCAGCUAUGAUCCCGUCGCCCAGUGUCUGCAAGUGGGAUAGCUGCCAUGCUCUGCAGGCUUUGAUUGUCGUUGCUGCUGUUCAAUGGGCUACAUUCGCUGUUACAAACACCUUCGCUAUCCUUGAUCUGUUCAACUCGCGCCGUAACGCGAAGAACCAUCACCAGGAGGGGACCCCAGCACCCGAGACCACUGAAGUCCGUGGUGAUGCAGCCGUUUAA